AUUACGAGUGGCCCCUUUGCUCCGCCCACCAAUUUGAAAUUUAUCAAUCUGUUGUUGAAAGAUAAUCGGACGCGCUCUCUCUCUCUCAUCUGUUUCUCUCUCAUUUCCUCUAAUCAAUCAUGUCGACGAGCAAGAAAAUCACUCUGAAGAGCUCUGAUGGAGAGAUUUUUGAGGUUGACGAGGUCGUGGCCUUGGAAUCGCAGAUUAUUAAGCACCUGAUCGAGGACGAUUGUGCCGAUAACGGGAUCCCGCUCCCCAACGUCACCAGCGAGAUCCUGUCGAAGGUUAUCGAGUACUGCAAAAGACGCGUAGAUUCUGCGAUGGCUGAGGAGCGCACCGCGAAUGCUGACGAUGAUCAGGACACCAUCUUCGAUAUUGGGCUGAUGAGAUUAGCUUUCGCGGCUUGGGAUGCUGACUUCGUCAAGGUUGACCAGGCCACCCUCUUCGAUCUUAUCCUGGCUGCCAACUAUCUCAAUAUCAAGAGCUUGCUGGACCUUACUUGUCAGACAGUAGCAGAUAUGAUCAAGGGGAAAACACCGGAGGAGAUCCGCAAGACUUUCAACUUAGAGAAUGCCUUUACACCAGAGGAAGAGGAGGAGGUUCGUCGGGAGAACCAAUGGGCUUUUGAGUGAAGAACAUGAGGUGAAAAGAAAAAAAAUACUAUAUAUUGUUUCUUCCCUUCAUUUUGUGUGGGACAUGGAUGGCUGUUUUCUUAAUGUUAUUCUUGUGUAAAACUCUCUAGUACUGGUUAAAAUUCCUGCUCCAGGGUUUUCUUCUGAAAACCGGCUGUUAUUCUGCUUCACGUCCCUCGCCCGAAAAUUGUCAACUCUGAUGUUUCUGGGAUCUCUUUAGAUUAUGUUAAUAUGGUGGUAUAUGUUUUAUCUUUA